AGUUGUUAACUAUAUUGCUAUAGUGAAGAAUAAUAUUGUAGACUGUAAAUUGUAAUAUAAAUUGUUAGUACAUUUAUUACAUAAUAAUUUAAAUUAAAUCAUGACUUCGUUAAUACAAUCUAUAAUAUUUCGUCUUAAACUGGCACAAGUAAUUCUUUCUAUUGGAAGUAUCAUACCAGUGUUCGCCGAAACAUCUGUUACAUAUUUCCAGUUCACUUCAGAUUUUGUGUACUUAACACUGUACAGUUACUUGGGAAUUGGUAUAAUCACUCUGGUGAGCUUAUGUAUUGCAGAACCAGUCUCCGACAAAUUGGCUCUAUACUCUUCGGGCCUGGCCGUGGUCCUGCACCUGGUAUCGGCAGUUUUCAUCAUCAAAGACGUGAUCAGCUACGAUGAGCUAUGGGGAUUGCGGAUCAUUAGCGGACUGUGUACCGGAGGAAACACCGUGGCCUACGGAUGGGAAGUGUUGUACUCGACGAAAUUUAUACAUCAUUAAUGCUGAGAUGACGGCAUUAUGCCGGAUAAAGAAAUGACGAUCGGUCGAAAAAUGAAUAUACUUAUAAUUGGUAUCUUUUUCUGUCCUCUCUUAUACUAAAUUAUUUUAUUCUCCGUCGCCAUAUAUAGCAUAAUAUUAUGUAUAUAAGACAGAAUAAGCGUCGCUAUCGUAUUUGUACAGGUAUACCAAUAUAUAUAUAUAUAUCAUAUACUAUUUAUAAUAUAAUAUCUUGUAAUGAUUAA